AUGGGAAACAUCCCUUUUAACUGCUCGGCGACCAACAUUCAGAGGAUUUUCAAGAAAUACAAACGGAUAUUAGAUGUGUAUAUCCCCACUCUUCCAGGUUUGCAAAAACCUCAUGGCUACGCAUCCGUUCGAUUCCGAUAUGAACAAGAUGCGAAAGCAACCAUGGAUGUUCUAAACGAGCAGUGUAUCAACGGAAGAGUAGUCUCUAUGAGAUGGGCGAAAGUAAGAGCUCAUCAACCAUCCAGAAUACAGGCAUCUAUUCCAGCUCGAGUGCAGAUGAAAUCGCAUCCUAAUACUUCAUACGCCGCGGUGCGGUCGAAGGAACCAACCCAUCUUUCAAACAGAAUAGAGGAAGAGCCAGAUCUUACAACCAUUGCAGAUCCAGACGCAAUGUCCACUCAGCUACAAGAGCUGCAACUUGAUCUGGUAGGGAGAGCAGAUGGGGCGUACAUUUCCAUUUUGAAACUAUACAAAGCCAUCAGAGACUCCAGGUUUGCAAGCUCCUCCAUUAACAUAACUAGGAUUUCACUAGAGAAAUUUCUGAUUACAUUGAAUUCUAAGGAAUAA